AUGGAAGGCAACAUGUCGACUGAAACCCCCACGACAGUGAGCCAGAUAGGUACUAUUGCUAGCAACCUGGACCAGUUCUUCUUAAUAGUCAUGGGCUGCCUAAUCUUUUGUAAGUACUUUAGUGAUUAUAUAUUGUAAGUACUUUUCCUCUCAAUUUUCUAUUUACUAUCGCAAGACUUUAACUUCAGUGAAAAGUUUCUAAAAUAUUUUAAAAAUCUUAAUUCACUUUUGACUUAUUUUAAAAGUUGUCUAAAUAAUCAUGAUUCAGUAUGAGUUAUCGAAAAAUAUGGUGCUAGAAUCAAGCCUGAUAUUACAUGCAAGUGCUGUGUCAUUGCUCUACAUUUAUCACGUUAAAAGUUCCAAGUCUUUUAAUCAUACUACCCGGUAUACUAAAGCAGUAACGCUUUCUUUUCCAUGUUGAUAACGCCCGGCUUUUUCACCUGUUCCGCCUCAACGAUUGAAAGUGUUUAACUACAACAGAUGUCAAUGCGUGCAUUAAUCAACCCGAAAUUUUUUUCUGUUUUCUUUUGUUUUUAAGUUAUUUGAUUUAUCACCUAAGCAUUCAGGGCAUUUCUAUUCUGCAAUCAGCCAAUUUUAAUUUGGAUGAAGUUUAGUUCACUCCAGUUAGAUCAAAGUACAAGUUAUGCAGUCUCUAUAAAAGUUUAACAGAUUUUCCACUCAGCUAUGUGUCCAUAUUUAUUUGUACGUAAAUAUCGACUGAAGGAGGUUCAUUGUCAUUUCUGUUUGAUUUGCGAUCGUUUAUCGGUUUCGAUCAAUGACUACGCGUUGUUUCGUUUCCUCUCUUCCUCGGUAAACCGUAUAAGUUAAGAAGUUGUUUUCCUUUUGUUAAUUUUGCUUUGAAUUCUUUCUUUGUAGAGUCAAUUUUCUUCCCUUUUUUUUCGUAUUUAAUUUCAUUUAUUGACUCAUUUAUUUACCAUGCGGAUAAGACCAGACAAGUGCUUGCAGCUGUUCUUUCAUUAACGGAAACACAGGCAAAAAAGCCGAAACGUGAUUUUUUGCCCCCGACGCAAUUCCAUUUACCACAAGUGCAAACUUCUCGCACCAGUUAAACACACAUUUUUAGAGACGUCCUUUGAACGCUUUUGAGUUGGAUAUUUCUGACAUACUAAAAAUAAUAACAAAUUUUAGAGGAAGGAAGAUUUCUCCAUUGGUUCUGUUUUCUUAAGGGACUGUAUAAAACCAGUAAAUUACUUGGCAAAGACUUGUAAUACAGUCAGAUGCCGUUAUCAACGACCCCUCUCUCUCUCUCACGUACUCUGGAUUGAGACCUUUGUCUAGACGAUGUACUACAUGUUCUCUUGACAUUAUUUAAUUGAAGACAGAAGAUAUUUGGACUAAGAACAAAUUGAUUCAGACUUUCGCCUUAGCCUGUUAAGCAUUGUCCAAAAUCUGUCGAAUCACGCAUGCUUCUCAUAAUGCGAACCUCUAUAUGGGUACCUGCGAAAGUCGAUGUCUUUGCGUGUUUUCCAUUAAAUCGUCUAUUUUUCAGCCGAAAUCGACGCAUAUCAAGAAGUGUUUUGCGUGGUAACGCUACUAGCAGCUUAACACAACCACAGCAACGACAGAAACGAGAAAGUUAGCAAAACAAAAACUCUGAACGAACAGUACACUUUUUGGCAGGUUUCCCUUGCUGUCAUUGCACGACUUACGUUGUCAAACGUGACUGGAAUGGCAAUGCAAUCCUCGCUUUAAUCUGUAAGAUCGCCGCAACUGAUUUCGUCGGAAAUGCUAAUACAGCGGCUUCAAUCUGAUAACGUUUUUCAUCUGUUCUGGCCACAAUUGCACAUUCUCAAUGUAAGAGCAGUAGCGUAUGCCAAUGCUUUUUCUUAACCGAGCCGAAUAUGACGUAUAAAAAAAGAUGAUACCAGCUGGCCCACUUUUAGAAACGUUAACUAGCUGUAGUCGAUCUAUGAGCCCUAUGUCAAACAAAACAUGAAUGUCAAUGAAGAGAUGAAGCUCUUAGGAAACGUUAAUUCUCUUCUACCAUACUGAGAUAGAGAUGUCUGCAACUGAGACUCGGCUGCGGUUAAGGCUUUCAAGUUUUUAAGAUACUAGCGGCUGGCUUACAAUCGUAAAUGAAACAAAAACGAAAUAAACAGAAAAAUAAGCGAGUCUCGCAUUUGCUCAGUUUAGUAAGAGUCAAACUCCGCAAAGGAAAGGAUAAACAUGGUCAAACUGUCAGGCAUGCAGACAAGCAAAGUCAAUGAAUGUAUGUGAUUGUGCCCGUUUGAGAUCGAGCUUUUAUUUCCUGUUAUGCUAGUCCAAAGACUAAAAUUCUAGUCUGGCCUUAAGAACUACAACUUGUUCAGUUGUUCUGAGCGUGUAACAACGCUCCUUGCCUUGCACACCCCUUGAAUUUUAUUCUUUACUAUCUAGGAGUCAAAGUCCAUCGUCCUUUACAAAGGACAUCUGGUCUGCAUUUGUAAACUCUACCAGCUGUUUUUGUUUUUUCUAUAAUUGAUGUGACUGGUCAGUUUUGAUCAAGAUGUAAACAAAGGAAAUGUCGUGUUAAAUCUUGAUCUAUCUAAGCUUCUUCUCGGAAUACCGCAUUGGGGUAUGGAAGAAAGAGCUCAGUUUACGUUUUGCACUUCGCGAUUUAGGUCGAAGGGAUGGCGUGCAAAAACUGAAGGAGAGAGAAGAGAAAGACUCAGUUAACUUGUAUCCGUGGCAAUAUAGAAAAACGCUUAUUCUAGAUCAUAACAAAAACAAGUAGUUGGCGUUUGAAAUAUUUCACUGCUGCUUAAGGAAGGAUUGUAACUGGCAAAACAUCAAGAAAAAAAGGUAGCCUCCCGAAUGCAGAGUGAGGCGUUCUUACAUCACGAAACACUGAGAAAGUUGGCUUAGAAUGCCGUAGAAAACAUCCUUUCCUACGUAACAGAAUUUGUUAUUCCUAAGUUGAUUUAUCGCGAGAGAACUCCGAUGAUCCCUCACGGCAUGAGGCACUGACGCUUCAUCGUUUUCAUGACUAACAGCGCGAGUUUUGCAUUAGACGAGCCUCUCUACUUAUAAGGCCGAGGACGUCGCUUUCGUAGCGCGUUUUCCAUCAAAAAGUCGGUUUUUGAACGUCGCAUUUUGUGUAGUAACGCUUCUGGCGCGGAGCUCGAGUAAUAAGCAAAAGAAUAACUCUGAGCGCGCAGAACACUUUUUGGCAGAUUUCUCUCCCCUAUCGCACGAUUAACGUUGUCAAACGUCAUCGGAAUCAGUGGCAAUGCGAUCGACGCUUUAAUUACGUUCUAUUGAAGAUCAUCGUUUAAUUUGUCAAUAGCGAUCCUCAAAACUUCGAUUUGGCCUCGGAACGUUUGUGUUCAGGUUAUCUACUAGAGCUCUCCAAAAACGACCGACAAAGCCGGUUCAAACUUGUUUAACACUGAUUUUUCUCGUUUGAAACAAAUUUAAUCAUUUCUGGCGCCACUAAACUAGACUCCUCUUAGUUACAAACUUUUACGUAUAUUCGUGUAUCAUAAAAGAAAGACAAAAAUUAGGGAUUUCUCGAAGCAGCCUUCUUGAUCUGCCUGUAACUACUACAGCAAUUCUACAAAAGAGUUGUUUGGCAUUUUUAGCUGUUCCUGUCAGUUUCCAAAAUUAGAAAACACUUUGCAAAACGAAGAACUUUACCUCUGUUACAUUUUUGUUAGCAGUAAUACAUUUCGGAUGCGUGCAAAGAAUAUUAAUAAAGAGAGAGAAGAUCAAGACUAUAAACUAUCAAUGGCAAUAUAGCCAAAAUUAGAUGGCAAAAUAAUGUGAUGUCUACCCAGCAUCCUCUUUUCUCAAGUAAAUUAGUGGUUUCUCCAAGAAGCCUGGAGAAACUGCCUAUUUACUGCGCAGCUAGAUGUUCGGCUUAAUCUGCGGAAAUUGGCUAUUGAGUGUGUGAUUUUUAGUCGCUUCACCAUCUAAGAAAGUGUGAAAUGAAAUCUUCAGAUUCAAAAACAGCGGACAGAAAUGAACGGCUAACUUUGUUCAAAACAAAGAGACUACAAAUGUUACGUAUUCAAUACUAGUUUGCGUCAAUACUAGUUUGCUAGUAGUCUGAUACUAGUUUGCGUCAGCCCUAAAUCGCAGGUAUUUUGACGGCUCUUUUUCAGCUUUUCCAUGUUCGAACUGGAUCUUUUAUUCACAUAUUUCGCAAAAUGUGUUUCACGAUGUCUUUCAAUCGAUAUCUUUUUUGCCAUGAUUACGUUACAUUGCCGAUUGUACGUAAAACGUACGCGCUAAUAUUUGGAUAUGGAAAAUAGUAGAUGUUAUCUUUGCGCCACUAGAAUAACCCCGUCGGCCUGUCUGCAAAUAUACCAGUCUUCAUAUAUAGUAUCAGAUCUAAGAAAUACUUUCACUUUUACUAGGGGGUGUUUUUCGCGUGCGUCUUGGUAAACAUUUACCAAUAGGUGUAUUUACGUAUAGGAACUAGAUCACAGGAAAGAUAUUGUCCAACCUAUUUUUAUUUGCUCACUCAGAGUUAAGUUUGUGCAGACGUAAGCAUAAAAAGGAAAUGAAAAACAGUGAAAAGAAUAAUGUGCGAAAAAGUUGUACUUGCACGCGAGAUUGGGCUUAUCCUUUUAGCCAUGCGCAAUUCCGGCAUCGGAGCCUUUAGUUACAAUGUACUUUAGAGUCGAUACAUGACGAUAGUUAAAAAUCCUAUUAUCUUAAUAUUGGAUUGAGUUGCCUUUUUCAUUUGCGUCAUUCAGUGAACUCAUAAUUCAUCGCGUACAAUUGACGGAUCAACAUCAUUUAAAAAAAGAUAAAUGAAACCUCCGAUGAUACGUGUAAAUUGCGUGAAAGGAUGAUCUCUUGUGUAUUGGCAAAAAUGCGGUCACGAACGUCCGCACAGAUUAAUAUUGGAAAGAAGCCUUUGUAGGUGAAAACACGAAAGACUUUGUUAUACCUAACUUGGUAAAAACACUUNGAUUGUACGUAAAACGUACGCGCUAAUAUUUGGAUAUGGAAAAUAGUAGAUGUUAUCUUUGCGCCACUAGAAUAACCCCGUCGGCCUGUCUGCAAAUAUACCAGUCUUCAUAUAUAGUAUCAGAUCUAAGAAAUACUUUCACUUUUACUAGGGGGUGUUUUUCGCGUGCGUCUUGGUAAACAUUUACCAAUAGGUGUAUUUACGUAUAGGAACUAGAUCACAGGAAAGAUAUUGUCCAACCUAUUUUUAUUUGCUCACUCAGAGUUAAGUUUGUGCAGACGUAAGCAUAAAAAGGAAAUGAAAAACAGUGAAAAGAAUAAUGUGCGAAAAAGUUGUACUUGCACGCGAGAUUGGGCUUAUCCUUUUAGCCAUGCGCAAUUCCGGCAUCGGAGCCUUUAGUUACAAUGUACUUUAGAGUCGAUACAUGACGAUAGUUAAAAAUCUUAUUAUCUUAAUAUUGGAUUGAGUUGCCUUUUUCAUUUGCGUCAUUCAGUGAACUCAUAAUUCAUCGCGUACAAUUGACGGAUCAACAUCAUUUAAAAAAAGAUAAAUGAAACCUCCGAUGAUACGUGUAAAUUGCGUGAAAGGAUGAUCUCUUGUGUAUUGGCAAAAAUGCGGUCACGAACGUCCGCACAGAUUAAUAUUGGAAAGAAGCCUUUGUAGGUGAAAACACGAAAGACUUUGUUAUACCUAACUUGGUAAAAACACUUCAGAUCUUUUCUUUUUCUCUCUCUCUAUCUAUCUUCUUUUUCCUUAUUUUAUCUAACUCGGUUCUAGGGUACGUCGCGACGUAUUCAAAUUCAACCACCAGUUUCCUUAUUUAACUUUUCAAUUCCUUUUCGGCGCGCACCGCAGUGAAGUUCUCUAUCAACGGGAAACAGAACAAAUGCGCUCUAAGGACCAUUAAAAUCUUGGAAUGCGAGCUACAGCAAGGAAAUGCAGUGAUAUUGAAUUUGCGUCAAAAUAAACGACCUACUAAGUAUUUACAAUCGGUAAAAGUGUAAGGGUGUGGGUUCUUGUCAACUUCGACUUAAAGAUGUUUAGGUGAGACUCGAUGUAGUUUGACGCUACCGACAGUGAAUUGGACUUAAGGUUCAGCAGUCUUUUAUCGAGGUUAUUAGGGCAAAACUUAGACUCAUGAAUGGUCAUUCUGAAAGGCAGCAAGAAGCAAUGUAUGAUGUUUAACGACAUCCAGUACACUGUCCGCGACGGGUGUUUACGAGGGUUGAUAGCGGAAAAAUACCGACGCAGAACCAAGUGCGUAAUUAUAGUAUGUCAUCCCACAAAAGUGCUUAUUAAAAUGCACUUAGGAGUAUGUAGUUGUUGAUCUCUUAAUAUCUCUUAAACUUUAUGAUUUUAUUUCGCUAAUACCACUCUCAACAACUAUUCAGACUCCGCAAAUUAUUUAGAAAACUCAUGUCGCAAUGUCGAUGUCAGACUUUUUUUUCUUUCAAUAGCGUAUUCGUCUGUUCUUUCUAAGCAUGCGCACAGAGCAAGGCUUCUAUUGUUUGGGGGGCGUUGAGUGUCGGCGCUUAUUUCGUCAUUCCAAUUCAAAAUUUAAUUUUAUGGACUAGUAGGCACGAAAAACAAUAAUAUGUUGUUACGGUAAACACACUGAUCUUUCAAUUUCCAAUGCCUUUCUCGAAAGUUCGGAAAUAUGACAGAAAUAGGACUUUAUAUCUCUUUCUAAAACCACUUUCCAAACGUUAAAACCUGCAAAACCCGGUAUCGUGACAGCGCCUGAUAUAACCAAACUUAAAUAACACUUAAGAGAAUCAAUAGUCUUUGUUUCUUAACAACAGAUUAGAAAUCAAAACGUGCUAGCUGGCAUCGAUUGAACAUUUUUAGAUCUUUUGACCAAUGCAAUGAACGGCGGUUUGCUUUAAAGUCAACAAAAUAACUUCAUAUCCGUUUUCAUGGAGCCUUUUAACUUGGGCUCUUAGUUACGCGGUAGGAGUUCCAUUUUUGUUUCUUAAUUGUUUUAUUUGAAUAGAUUGACCUUCGGAACUGCCUCUCUUAUUAGAAUUGUGCCCAAAAAAGACUGUUUUCAUCGAAUGGUAACAGGAAAUGCUUUUUUUCAAGGAGAAAAAUUCGUUUACCAGAGACCAUUUUCUCGCCAAGGGGUUCGCUUAUUGCUUAUCUCUAACGCGCUAAGCAAUGCACAACAAUUUUGUAUGAUGCAAUAUUUUUUUUUCGCGGUUCAUUUCAUUGUUUAAUAGGCACUGGAUAACGAGCGUGUUUGCAUUCCCGUAACAAUAUGAUGUCGCAUAAAUCACGGAAAAUAGAGAGAAAAUAACGUGACUUCCAAUCAUUCAUAACAUGUCGCGUGAAAAUUGUUAUGUAACUUUAGUAUGGGGGAAUAAUGAAAAGAAACAAAUACCAUGGGCUAGGGAGGACUUUUCUUUCAAUAUGAACUCGAAAAAAACGAUAAUUAGUUUGUGUAUUUGGUUUACAAAUGGUUUGAUCCGCACAUUUUUAUGGUCAUACACACCCCCAACCCAACCCGACACAACUCCUCUUCCUCCAAACAAAACUGAGGAGAUGUCUUUCACGUGUUCUUGUGAUCACGCUCAAUAUCGCAUACAGUGAUCAAAAGUUUUAUCUCUUAAGGGUUGUGCACAGUGAUAAUGUACGAUAUUUGCCUUAACUGAGAUAAAAACAAAUGACGUUGGUAACUAAACAAUAGCGAGCUUGAGCAGAAUGUUUCUGAAAAAAUGCAUUUGCGUUCUUUCAAUCUUUAUUGGGUUAGCUUUUAAGCCAAAUGUAGCCGAAUUUUCCGGUUUCAGACCCUCAUCCAGUACCUUACGACCAGAGGUUUUUCUCUUGCAUGGCUUUUAGCGUUUAUGCCAACGCAGAAGAGAAGGCUUCUGCUCGCAGGGUAGCAUCCAGUAAUAGAAAAGAAAAUUCGUCGUCGUGUGUCCACGUCUUCCAUGAAACGUCACAUUAGGACUUAGUUUCACUUCGUGGUCUUGCUGUGGACGUUUCAGAAGUAUACCAAAAAGCGUGAUGCUCGUGAGAGUUGUUGCUUUGCUUAUUAACCCUUUAAGUCCCAAGAGUGAUCAGCAUGAAAUUUCUCCUUAUAAUAUCAGUACUUAAGGAAACAGAGUGGUCAUGAGAAUUGAGUACAUGAAUCAGGGAAGAUGAGUCUAAUUGAUAUUUCAACAAAUUCUCCCAACUACUUAUAUUGAAAAAGUAUAGAGACUGUAAAUGGGAAUCUCAGUUUUGAUAUUAGGGUUUAAAGGGUUAAAGUUACUGCUUUUUUGACGUCCUCGUUGCCGUCGUCGUGAUAGUUGCUUAAGCUUCAAAAUGACAUGACCGCAUUAACCACUUUAGAAACCAGUACAGCGUGCUAGUCACCGAAAGUAGAGUCAAUGGGCGCUUUACAUUCGACCAAAAAUUCCCAAAUUUUCGAUUGCUACAACAAAUGGAACGAACCAUUUCGGUUUGGCUCGACCGGAAUAUUCGGGUCCAGCCUUGAAGGUGGUCCACUUUGACCGGUCUGGGCAUUUCGGUCAGUCGGACCGAAAUGUCCCUUUCCAUUUGACAAAAUUGUUGUUCCCAGUACAGCUCUUUUGUACCCAGCUUACAAGAACAAUAACCAAACGCGUAGCCUGCGAAAACAGCCGCACUGAGCAGGUGGAAUUUCUAACAUUUCAAAGAGGAAUUUUUGUCAAAUGGAAAGCGCCCUGUGAUAUUAAAUACCAAGAUUGAUUUUAGAAGAGUUGGAUGAAAAUAUGUUGAAGGAAACUUGUUAAUAACCUUCUAGAACGUUCGUGUAAUUAAAAGGGUGUUAUCCUGGUAACAAAGACAAACGAUGUGAUUCGUCAGAUUUCUGCAAGCCAUUUAUUCGCUUGUAUGUAGAUAUUGGGGCCGGGCCGGCUGAAAUUGGCCUCAGCUGUUGCGGUGUCCCUGCCGACCCCUUCUUUAGUUUAUUUACGUUGUAUGUUUUUUUUUUGGUUCACGAACACCAUUAUACACUCAAAGUCCUCUUACAUGACAGACCCAAUUCUUUUGCGAUCAAUCAACAAGGGAUUUCUCAAAUUAAUCAGUUGAGGAAAACCCGAAUGUCCGCUCCCAUGGUAACUGACCAGUGUAACAAACUAAGCAGUGGCUCGCGCGCACUAACAAAAUGCCUUUAACUAUCGGCUAAGGGAAAAUCAAAUUAACAGUCAUCCUCAUCUUGCAGUUAUGCAGGCGGGGUUUGCUUUCCUCGAAGCCGGCUCAGUGAGAUCGAAGAACACAACAAACAUCCUCAUCAAGAACGUCUUGGAUGUCUGUAAGUAUUUAUUUGUCAGUAGUGAUUUUUGAACAGAAAAAAAAAACAGCUACCCUUUUAAAAAAAAGUCUUAUAGUCUCAUAUGUCGCCACGGUCACUACAAGAGUAACUGAAUAAGCCAUUCCAGAGUUGCCCAUGCAACCCUUUGUUUCAAAACGAGAUUAAGUCCCAAGCCUUUGAUAUGAAAAUUACCGGUAAGUCUAUUUUUUCCUAACCAAUGAAACCCCUUUUCACAAGAAAAGUUUUGCACUUGGCCUCGCUUUGAAAGUGAGAUUUCUGGAACUCGGAAAUGGGCUAUUUAGAUCGUAGUACAACGGGGAUUAUUGUUAUUAUUAUUAUUAUUAUUAUUAUUAUUAUUAUUAUUAUUAUUGUUAUUAUUAUUAUUAUUAUCAUCAUUAUUAUUAUUAUUAUUAUUAUUAUUAUUAUUGUUGUAGAAAUAGGAACUGGGAUAGCCCAGACUUAAUGCAAUUUUGAAUUUUUUGGCUUUUGUUUUGUUUUGAUUUGUUUUUGUUUGUUUUUGUUUUUUUUUCUUUUCAAUAAUCCAAUCUCAAGCAGCAUUUGUAAAUUCCCUAUACGUAGCGAGAUUUACAAUUGUACAUUCAAAAACACAAAUAAAAUUACCAUUAUUAUUAUUAUUGAUAUUAUUAUUAUUAUUUUUACACAGCCCUAUGAUAAAUUCUUUCAGAUGAGUGUCAAGGAAAUCGUUCAUAAAUGAAAGUGAUGAAUGUUUCUUAAACAAGUUCUUUUUCGUUUUUACAGUCUUGGGUGCCAUCGCUUAUUGGCUGUUCGGCUACGCGUUUGCCUUUGGAGCAGAUGGCAAUGGUUUCAUCGGUCACGAAUAUUUUGCUCUGUCUUACCUGCCUUCUGGGACGUUCUCUCAUUGGUUUUUCCAUUUUGUGUUUGCCGCUACAGCGGCAACUAUUGUCAGCGGUGCUAUGGCUGAGAGAACUGAGUUCAAGGCUUACCUCGUGUACUCUGUAUUUCUGACUGGUCAGUUAUAGUCAUGUUACUACACUUACGAACCAAUACAUAGCUUAAAGAUAAACGUGCACUGGUCGGUGUAUUACGAAGAGCAUAACAAGGGGAAAACAUUAGUUUUAGUUUCGCGUAGGGAUGUCUAGAAACGCUCCGGGCCAAAUUGUAAAAAAAGUGAAGCAUGUGAUUGUUAGUAAGGGGUUUGAAGUCAAGACCGUUGAAUGCAAAGACAAAUUAAAGACCCAUUCACAGGGUUAGUCUCCAACUAAGCAGAGAACAUGAUCAUCCAUUCUCAGCUUUGAGAAAACCCGACUUUACAAUAGCGUGUUCGAUCUAGGUGUUGAACAAAUAUUUCAAUGAAUUAUCAUGUUUGCACCCAUUUCUUUCACGUCGCAUCAAAUACAACAGUGAGUGAAUAAGAAAAAAGUGCCUUAUUUCUAAUUAAAUCCCGCUUGCUUUAAGUUGUAACCACACCCUCUCCCCCGGAACUCCACUUCUUAAACCAGGCUCAAGUAAAAGGAAAAGAAAUGCACGCCAACUCAAUUUUUAUUUUUGAAGGUUUCCUGUACCCGAUAGUCACUCACUGGGCCUGGGACGGUAACGGUUGGCUGUACAAAGGCGUGACAUACGACGACGGAGGAGCCAUCACUUACCAGGUAAGCCUUUCAUAGCACUUCAAUGAUCGGUUACAAAUUUCUCCCCGGCUUAUCAAUGCCUAAUUAAUCAGUUCAACAAGGAGCAUAUAGAGUCGAUGGUACCUAACGAAAUUCUCGCAUUCACAUAAAACGAAUUUGGACUCUACUGUCGAGGAAGAAGGCUGAUUCCUGACCAAACGGCUGCGCAGAAACUAAUCCGGUGUAGGUGUCUUCUGGUUGGGAAAAACACGAAAUUAAAAACGCUAUGUGAGCGAGAAAGAAAAUUUCGGAGGAGUCAAUACUCGAGAAUGCUUUUCUUCUUCCCGUAAUCUUCCCCCUCACUCCCAGUUUUACCAAACUUUCUUGAUUACUCCCCACGCUAUCCUUUAUUUGACAGCUUAUUUUUCGGGAUAAUAUAUUGCAAUGUGGGUUAAGGGCAGCAAUCGAAAAUGCCGAAUGCGCACGUCCUAAGAUCUGACACUACGUACAUAAAACAUAGGCUUUGCAAAAACGUCAACAAUGAUGACAGAAAAAACUUAUGCAAAACGCGGUUGUAGCCGUAGUGACUUUAAGUGACCAAUUGAGGGGUUGGUCCAUCGGUCCUGGGAGUCUGUCCUGUGUACUUUGCCAGAUCUUGUAAAAGCUAAGCCGUCUUUAGGGCGACUUUCCCCGGUGCCCUGUUGUUGAGAGACUCUUGUACAAGUGCUGUGGGCACUGCAACAACCUUACCCCCUGUCACCUUGCAAGAUCCUCCAACCCCGAUCCAAUACCUUUCUGUAAGAGCUAAGCCGUCUUUGGGGCGACAUCUCCCGGGGACAUAUCGGUGGUAGACUUGUUCUAGUGCCGUCGACACUGCGCCACCCUUUGCAAGAUCCCCCCCCCCCUCAACUUCUCCCGAUCCGCUUCGUUUGUUGCACUUGAGAACAUCUCUUUUGCGUAUCUAUAGGACUUUGCUGGAAGUGGCGUUGUUCAUGCACUCGGUGGGACGGUUGCCUUGGUAGGUGCAGCUAUUGUUGGUCCAAGAAUUGGUCGAUUUGUUAACGGAGAACCUCAGCUGUUGUCUGGCCAUACCGUACCGGUAAGUCGAUACUAGUCCCAGUAUGGAGUUCUCUAUGAAUGAGUCUGUACAGCUGAAGUUUUAAAACUGGCAAAAAUGGCAAUACUUUAGAUUCCAUCAAUAGGCUGAAACCUAAAAUCACUUCUAACACAGCACACUGACAACAAAGAUAGGGAAGUACAGAUUCUGAGUACAAUUUCAAUCAAGGAUAAGGAGUUAAACUCUGCUUUUGCCUGUAUCAAAGAUAAAGAACAUGUACGCAUUGUAGUCGUUACGUUUCUCGUUUUUUUGCUUUACUAGUUUUAAAAAUAAGAUUUAGCAUAAUCACACUUCACUUUUGGAAGAAAAUACUCAUAUCACAACUGGAGCGCAGCCCAUAACCCAAUGGGCUCCUGACGUGGAGGAAUAAGUCAUUAUUGUUUUGUUUCCUUGGUUACAGCAAGCUGCCUUGGGUGGAUUCAUUUUGUUCUUUGGUUUCUUGGCAUUCAAUGGCGGUUCCCAAGCAGCCAUCGCUAGCGCAGGAGAUGCUGACACAGUCGCACUGGCCAUUGUUAAUACCAUUAUCGGAGGUGAGCUUUCAGUUAAUACUUUUUGUGCGCAUGCUCAUUUAGGACCACGCUUCUACUGGCCAUCUUGAGGCCGCGCACGAGUACUGGGUCGGUUUGUGUUGAAUUUUACUGUGGGACUGUUUCAGGGGAUGAAUUUUGACCCAGGUUCCCGCGCAACCUUGUAGUAGCCAAUAAGAGAACUGAUAGCCUCCACAAAACAGUGCUAAGGUGCAAUUUGACACAACACCCAUCCCAGUCGUACACGUAACCUCAAAAUUGGUGGUAAGCGCCCUUCUCUCUCCACUCUAAGGUACAGAAAAGUAUUCAAGACACCUCAAUUUGCAGCCUCCUCUAUUCUAAAGCCUCUGCUUACUUUAGAAAUAAAAAAUAUAAGUGAGAAACCGCUUUCAAUUUGUAAAACUAAGUGGUACUCCACAUCCUCUAACUUAAAUUCUCUUGAAAUUGGGGAAAUCUUGACUCGUGAGCGUUGUAUGCCUGUAAUGGUAGCCACUCUCUUUGUUUCACAGUACGAUACUUAUAGUAAACGGCCUUCAUUUAAGCUAAGCCUGAAUAAGCAUCCUUAACAAUCAAUAAUGAACUCGGGGAAAAGACUGUAACUCUGUUACUAUUUUCGCCAAAAUGUGUUAUCGACAUCCCCUUCUCAUUGCUCUUAAGCAUGGUAUUCUCUUAAAAUUGCAAUAACGAUUGAUCGCCGCCGAAGCUAGCGCUUUGCAUCCUUAUCCUCAGAAAACCCUUCUAGACAGUAUGCGUCCAGUUUUUUUUUUUUUACCAGCGCAGGUGAUCAAUUAUGAAACAGAUCUCGGCUUUUAUUGGUCAGAUCGGAUCCUCAUCGAACGCGUGUCGAAUGCGUCCCGCGAGUUAAACGCCUUUAACGCGUUACUCCCCAUCCUCCUUCCGAAUCUAGUGUAAAGUUAUGGUAAUGUUAGCGAACAAGACGCCCAUAUAUAAACAUCACAGUUUUUGGCUAAUCCGAGGCUUUAGUUCCUCUUUUUUAUCCCAUGUAAGGGAAUCCAAGACUUGGAUUCUGGAUUACACGUUGUGGAUUCCGGAUUCCAGGUACUGAAUUCUGAUUCUUUGUCAGUGGUACUUGGAUUCCGGAUUCCAGUCGUUAGUGGAAUUCCGGAUUCCAAAGCCCGUGAUUCCGGAUUCCACAAGCAAAAAUUUUCCGGAUUCAGGAUUCCGGAUUUUCUUACAUGGGUUGAUCUUUCGUUCAUUGUGGAAAUCGUUACGUUCUGUACAACAAUCCUGUUAACUCCAGCUACAAUUGCUGUCUACAUUAAAUUAUUCUUUUUUCCCUUUUGGUCGGUGUUUAGUGUUACCCUCGUUAAACAGGGCGAUUUUUUCAUUGCAUAAAUAUAUCACAUUUUGUUUAGCAAGUGUUUCACUUACUAAUCGUUAAUAAGUGCAUCAAAAAUUUCUUUUUGCGGGAAACCAAUGACCUAAAUCAACUCUGAAAAACAAUCCAAAUUUUGUGUAUUUGGAUAAUUGAUGAGGUUGAAGAAUGAUUCCUUUUUAUUGCAUUUUAGGAGCCGCUGGUGCCAUCACUGCCAUGAUUAUCAAGCGUUUGGGAUAUGCAGAAAAGUACUGGAGUUUGUUGUUUACAAUCAAUGGAGGACUGACUGGAAUGGUGAGAAAGAGAAUCAGAAUCAGCUUUAUUUGCAGGUUUCAGUUUUGGAUUGCUGUUUCUUGUGAUUGGUUGACAUAUUUCGCGCCAUGAAGUAAGAUCAUCCCUGCAAAACUAGUCGUGACUUCAGUGCGCGCGUUGUGCGCGUUGUGUGCCCGCGCUGCGUACGAGUUGUCCUUGCGCAUUUAUUUCGAGUUGAUAUUGCUUUAUAACUGUAGUUAGUCUUUACAAAAGAGAAUGAGCUUAUUAUUUUUUUGUUUGUAGCUGUUUUUAUAUCGAACAGAGCCGAAUUACCUCUCUAAAAAAGCCUUUCAAUGAAACUGCUAUGCUUUGCCGCAUACUUUGUUAGCUUCACUUGAGUACUGUCUCCACUCAGCUUUCGCCAUGCAAAUGCUCAGGUAGUUAGAGUAAGGUCUUGCUUUUGCCUUCAUUGGUGGAGACUGAGGUGGCUGGAAGGUUUUAAGGUAAUUAUGGCGGCAAAGCUCACUGCCAAAAAAACAAACAAACAAACAAACAAUCACGACACCUUUUAAUGAAGCCGCUCUCGAUUCGAUCGUUAUUUUGUAGGUUGCUUUGUGCGCAGGUUGCAACGUUGUUCAUCCCUAUGCUGCUUUUGUCAUUGGUAUUAUCGCCGGAAUAGCCUAUGUUGCAUGGAGUACACUUGUCGUCAAGCUAAAGAUCGAUGAUCCACUAGACGCUGUAGCAGGUAAGAAGAACAGCAAAGAUAAUGAGUAG